UUUGAAACGCGUCCUCUUUUACCCACACCUUCCAUACAGACAACAGCAGCAGCAGGCAGCCGUCACCUCCCAAAACUCCACUUUUGCACAGCCAGCCACUUGAUUUUCUCCAACCAGGGAGGAGAGACGAGUCCUCAUCUGAGCUCAUUCUCAACCUGCAAAAGGAAGAAAACUACAACAUAAACCCAACAGACUCCUCCAGCAAAUCGUCUACGGAUCUUUUUCCAUGCCGAAUGCGUGUUAAAGAGCGCGCUCGGUGCGGCACACAUCAGGCUGCUUUAUUGCCAUAGCAGCAGCGCGAGCUGCCUGUAGCUGCCACAAGAGCCUCAGCUAGCGACCAAACAAAGAAAAUACAGGCACUAUAUAAACCUCGUCUCUUCAAACCGCUUCACUGUUCUUUAAAGAGAAGAAGGCAAGACCCCGAAGACAAAAACUGACAUGAUGUUUCCACAAUCCAGGCACUCGGCUUCAUCGCAACAGCUAAAGUUCACAACGUCAGACUCCUGCGACCGCAUCAAGGACGAGUUCCAGUUCCUCCAAGCACAAUACCACAGUCUGAAGCUCGAAUGUGACAAGCUGGCCAGCGAGAAAUCAGAAAUGCAACGUCAUUAUAUCAUGUACUAUGAGAUGUCUUAUGGGCUGAACAUUGAAAUGCACAAGCAGGCAGAGACCGUGAAGAGAUUAAACGGGAUCUGUGCUCAAGUCUUGCCUUACCUAUCUCAAGAGCACCAGCAGCAGGUCCUGGGGGCGAUAGAGAGGGCCAAACAGGUCACCCCACCAGAGAUGAACUCUAUCAUACGGCAGCAGCUCCAGGCUCACCAGCUCUCCCAGCUGCAGGGACUGGCGCUGCCAAUGACCCCUCUCCCCCUCGGCCUGAGCCAACCGGCCGGCCUUCCCACGGUCACCUCCAGCUCUGGCCUCUUUUCCCUCUCCAGCAUCCUGGCCUCGCAGGCCCAAAUGGCUAAGGAGGACAAGAGCACACGCGAGACUUCCGACAGCCACCGCGAGGAAGACGGAGACAAGUCUGACUAGAUGCCCGCCAUAUCCGUUCUUUCAUCCAGUCAUCAUCCAGAGCUCAACGUAGAGGCACAUGUUCCUGAUACUCACACCAUUAUAUUCCUUUUUCUUUUCCUUCACUCUCUCCCUCCAUCUUUCUAUCCUUGUGCACUGCUACUGUCUGCAGAUGCCUAACAUCAUUAUUUCUUGUUCUUUCCACCAGCUUUAUACAUGUAUUUAUACACCACAUUUUUAUUGUUACGGAUGCUUGAUUUGAUUUUAUUUACACUCUUUCUUGCCUGCGUGUAUGUAUAUAUCUAUAUAUAUUGUAUAUUUCUUAUGCUCGUAGUGGAAAUGGUCUAGAAAAUGGUGUACCUGUUAAUGGACCAACGACCUUCCAGUAAUAAUAGUGUUAAAAUCACCCUCCCUUUCUCUUUUUUUUCUCCCUCUCACUUGCUCCCUCUUAAAAUCUUUCACCUUUUAAAGCUACAAUCUACAAUAACUGAGUCAGAAGCACUUUGGCCUAAGGCAGUUAACUCUAAAAGCAACAUUGAAUCAAAAAACGUAGCUGUGGCGUAAUCCAUUUAGAACUUAAAGGAUUGUUGUGAUUUUUCAAAGGCAUGUCUGUUGUUGCGUUUCCUGUUGUAGAAGUUGCAGAUCUAUUCUACCUUAAACUGCAAAGUGGGUCACAAUUGCGGCUUGAGAAAGCAUUAUGAGGGUGAACGUCACAUGUCUAGGUCUUUUUUAACCCCAAGUCAAAAGGAAAAACUAAAAUGUAACGUUUUUAGGACCAUUAAGAUUUUUUGCAUUCUAGUAUUAUUUUCAUGACAGUUAAAGACAUUUUCCCCCACUUCUCAUUACAGUAAUGUAAAAAAUAUCUCUUACUGUAAUGCGAUUAAAAUGAAAAACAAUAAUAAUAAAGUAUUUCUUGAAAUACCUCUAAUUUGAGCUGAUUUUAAUAGACUCAUUUUAUCACUAUUUCUACUAUAAAAUAAAUAUUACUGUUUACAGGUUUUUAUAUUUUGCUUAAAGAAAAUUUAGCCUUUUUGGACCAUCAAGAUUGUUUGCAUUCCAACAUCAUUUUCAGGAUAAUUAAAGAAAUUUUUCCCUUACCACUUUUUAAUGUAAUGCAAAAAUAUAUCAUUCUUAUUACUGUAAUACGAAAAAAAUUGAAUAAAUAAAUCGUAAAUGAAUAUUGAAUUGUAGUAUUUGAUGAACUGCCUUUAAUUGAGCUGAUUUAAAUAGAAUAAUUUCAUUACAGUAGUUUUACUGUAAUACAGCAAAUAUAACUGUAUUUACAGGAAUUAUUUUUUGCUGAAUGGUCCUAAAAAGGAUAAUUUUCUUUUAGUUUUUUUGCAUUGUGACAUUAUUUUCAUGAAAAUGUAGGACAUUUCCCCCACUUUUCAUUACUGUAAUACAAAAAAACACACGUUAUUACUGUCACAUGAGGGAAAAAAAUUAUAAUGAAAAAUUAUGUAAAUACAUCAAUUUAGUGUUUGUUGUUCAGGGUUCCCACGGUCAUGGAAAACCUGGAAAUAUCAGGGAAUUUUAAAAUUGUGAUUUCCAGGCCUGGAAAAGUCAUGGAAAUUUAUAAAAUCUUCAAAGUCAUUAAAAAAUCUUGGGAUUUUUUUUUUAUUUUUAUUUUUUUAUAGAGUUAAUCUAUUUUAAUUUAGUAUGCUCUGUCCUAAAAUAUUUAAUCAGGGUGUUACACUGCACUGGAUUAAAAAUACACGGUGAAGAGUUUAAAAAGUAUCAUGUUACUUAGAAUACCUGACCCAUGGCUCGACAAUAAGGACUGCCUGAUUGCCCGCACAUUCCACAGUGCACGAAAUUCCCAAUUUUUUUGUUUUAACGUGUUGUUAAAAAUUAGCAAUCCACAUAUUGGAACACAUGAAAUCAACAGUUCAUUUCUAUAAGACUGUAAAUCCAUCUCUGUCCGUGCAUUUCUCUCUCAUCUCUCCAUGCAGCGCAAGUAAUGUUCCCACAGUAAUAAAAGCGCAGUUUCUAUCAUUAUUCCUGUUUAGAGAUGAAGCGCUGAAUAAAACCUAAUAAACUUUGUUAAACCCCAUUUAUACAUGUGGCUGGAAAUCUGAGCUGCUCAGUAUCUAAAAUACAGUUAGGCCUAUAUAUUUAGGUAAUGUUUUUCAAAAUGCAAACAUUAAUACGACAGGCAUUUGAUAUGAAUAGAAGCAAAAUCACUACAGUUAUCAUUAUAUUCAGAGCUGUUCAGCUGCAGGGUGAAGAUGACUAUUUAAAAUAGUCUGCUUCAUAUCUUUCUCAUAACACCUGUUACACUUCUCGUUUCUGGAUUGUAAAGAUAUUUUCUUUCUGUGCUUUGUGUAUCAGUCAGUGUUGGUCUUGUUUGGGUUGUCUAAUUUCAAGUUUAUAUCCACACUCUUAAUUUACAGAUUAGGCCUAAUAUCUACCUACUGUAUAUACUGGACACAUCACAACCGAUUUAGUAUCAUGGUCUCCUCUCUCAGGGAUUCAUAUGUGUAUAACAUUCAGCCAAUAAUCAAAUCUUUAACUCAGUGACUAAAUCUUUGAUCCUGAUUUUGAAAACUACACAGAGCUUAAAAGUUGACAGCAAGACUAAACUAGUGACAGAAAACCCAUCAUUUGCUCCACAGAACUCUUCACUUAAAAACAUACGUAAAUGGCUGGACGGCUGAGGUUAAUAUGAUGAAUUAAUGAAUUUAUAUCUGUAAAGCACUGAUAUGGGGUUACAUAAGGCGUAAAUCAUAUCUUGCAAAUCAUAAAUGUGAUACAAUUUUGGGGGAAAUUGUCUUAAAAACGUAAUUUUUUUUUUUUUUGGGUUCACACUUUAUAUUAGAUGACCUUUAACUACUGUGUACUAACAUUAAAUACAUACAAGACUAUGUAUUUAUUGUGUAACUACAUGUUGUUCGGCAAAAUUCCCAUAUCUGGUGCUACUGAGGUUGAGGUAUGGGUAGGUUUAGCAGUAAAGGUAGGGUUAGGAUUAGGUGUUCGGGGUUAGAGUUAGGUUUUGUGGUAAGGGAUGGGUUAGGGGUAAAGUUAACAAAGUAACUACAAAUGUGAUUAAAUGCAACAACAUGUAUGUACAUAAUAAGUACAUUGUAUCAAAUGGUUAAGUACAUAGUAGUUAAGGACACCUAAUAUAAAGUGGUUCCCAUUUUUUAAAGCCAUGAUGGUAAAAACAGCUAUUUUUUGUCAGGGCAAGUAAAAAUCCGAACCACUGGCCCAACCGGGUCAGUAGAAAAAAUCCUUAGCGUUGAGCCCUGCCUGACCAAUUAGAGACAACGAUGUGCUGCUAAUCCCUGCCCAUUUAAGGAUUCACACAAUAUGUUCGUAUGGAUUAAAUUUAAAAUGGAAUGUUUUCAGUUGAACUUUUAUAAAACAAUGUUGUGGUUUAUUUUUACAAAUUUGCGAUUAUGUGAUUUCGGUGCAAUUUUCAGAAUGAAAGGCUAAAUGUUUUGGAAUGGAAAUUAGCUUUCAAGUCAUGGAAAAGUCAUGGAAAUUCAUUGGUUGAAAAGUGUGGGAACCCGGGUUGUUGGACUGCCUUUUAUUUAUGCUAUUUGAAUAGAAUAAUUUUAUUACAGUAUUUUUACUGUAAUUUUACAGGAAUGCUAAGUCCCCAAAAAAUCCUCAAAAGUUAAACAUCUUGACAUGUGGUAAUGAGAAUUUGGGAGGAAAAUGGUAAUAAAAUAUUUGGCGCAGUGCAAACAAUCUUAAGAGUCUUAAAAAUGUCUUUAUGUGAAAAAUAAUAUAUAUACAGUACUGUGCAAAAGUUUUAGGCACUUGUGAAAAACUUUCAAAGUGAGGAUUUCUUAAAAAAAAAUAAUGACAUAAAUAGUUUUCAUUAAUCAAUUAACGUCAUACAAAGUCCAGUAAACAUAAAAAAAGCUAAAUCAAUAUUCGGUGUGACCACCUUUGUCUUUAAAACAGCACCAAUUCUCCUACUUACACCUGGACACAGUUUUUCUUGGUUGUUGGCAGAUAGGAUGUUCCAAUUCACCACAGUUCUUCUAUUUAGGCUGUCUCAGUUGCUUCUGUCUCUUUAUGCAAUCUCAGAUGUUCAGUGGGGGGCUUUGUGGGGGUCAUGACAUCUGUUGCAGGGCUCCCUGUUCUUCUAUUCUAAUCUUUUCUAUUUGCAAAAGUAAUGUUUGGGAGUCUAACAUUUAUAUAUCCUAUUGACACUAAAGCUGAAGAUAUAAAUAACCAUCUUAAGACAAAUGCUUUUGUGAAACAUCUUAUAUGCCUAAGACUUUUGCACAGUACUGUAUAUAUAAUUUUUUUAGGUUUUUUUGUUGUUGAAAAAUGACCUGGACAUCUUUUUGCUAGAUUUACCCAUGAAUACUGUUGAAAUGAAGCUUGCUAAAGAGAAAAAAAUAUAUAUAUAAAGCCCUUCAACGUACUGUAUCUAUCUACCUGUUUGCCUGAUUUCUAAUGUGUUUGGAAGUGUUGGACUCUUGUGCUGUCUCAGACAGAGAGUAUUAGACGAAGAUGCUAGCUAACCUGCUCACCAAGUGAAAAGGGAUGCCGUGUAAAAUAUAUUAUUUGUCUUUUUUUAACCAGUCAUGUCGAUUGUGUACAUGGUUUUAAAUCGUCAUGUUUUUUAGUUUUUUUUUGCAUUAGAAGGUAUGUUGUAAGAGAAAAGUAUUGCAAAAACAUGUAUUUGCGAAGAAGCACCUUUAAACAUUUUUUCCCCCUUUAUUUUUUACUUUUAGUAGCAGUACAGGAAGUAUGUGAAAAGAGUAAAGAUGUAUAGCAAACACAAAUAUAAUACUCCCAUCAAAGAAAAAAGAAAUCAAAGCAACUUACAUUACCUGAAGUGGUCUAAAGGUAAAAGCUAAAAAUGAAAAAGAAUGCAAAUAUUUGAUUAAUCUCCAAGCAAGUUAUGGUGUCAAUGGUGUAAUAUGACAUUUUACCAAGAGGGGGCAGUAAGCUCAUAGCAAGUCCACACUAACACCCUCAGGGUCACUUUCAAUUGAAGUUGUAUCCUGUCCUGUGUCUGUUUGGUAAUGUAUUCUACAAAAUUUCCACCAUAAAGAAUGAUUCUAACAUGUAUUCAGUGAGAGCCACACAAGUUUGCAUUCAAACAAGAAAUGCAUAUUGAAGUGACCGCUAACCUGCUGAUAAAUCAGUAAUCUAAUAGAUUUGUUUGCAUUUUAAUGACAAAGUACAAAUCGCACUUUGUCUUCAGACAAAGUCCCAAUAGUUGUCUCUGUCAUCUUUGUUUUUUUAUAUUUCGGUUUAGUGAGGAAGAGAUUUUAGACAAAACCCCUGAAACUCAUUUCUGUGUAAAUAGUUCAUAAAACCAUUCUUAUGUAAAUUGUAGAAUUCAGAGUGAUGCAACACAUUACAUAACAAUGGUUUUCCAUCCAAUUCGUAAAUUUAAAUGUGAUGUUACAAUGUGCACUGGCGAAAUUAAAAAAAUGUGGAUUUUUUAUCAGUUAGUGAAUGCCCCUCAAAAUAGUGAUUCAAUCCACCACCUUCAUAAUGUAGAAACAUGCAAACUAUACCUGAACAUCAUUCAUUAAAUAAUGCCUCCUAAACAUGCCUUUAGCUUACGAGGAUGGCACACAAUUUUUCAGUUUAGAAAAGUCUAAAUGACCAGCAUUGUGGUAGUGCCAAUGUGAAAAAACUGCUUUUAAUUUCCUUUACAUUUUUUUAAUUGGGUCUUUUCAUUGGAAAAAUUGUGGCAUGUCCUGUUUAAUUUUACCAUUGUAUUUACAAGACAAAGUGCCAGAUUUCAUCCUACUGCACAACUUUAUCAAUGUGCAUGAGUGUGGCUUGCUACAUAGGGUCAAAUUAAUCUAUUAUCUUGCAUUUUUGUUUUCUUUUUUCAGAAAGGGCAAAAAUGGCACAAGUAAGUGGUCGCUACGUAGUUGUUUAGAGCUAAGAUCCGAUUGAGCCAAAUGCAUAGUGUUUUGUUAUAAAGGUGGGCAGCAGGUGUUCUGUAUGUAUACGUUAUACAUAAACCUAAAGCUUUAUGUGCAAAUGGAUGCUUUUGUGUCAAUCUUGAAUGAUAUGUCUGUGUUUUAGAGGUCUCUUAACUUGUGAGGCCCAUCCUCUUUUCUUUCCAAACCCCUGAAAGCCAUCAUCUUCCCGAAUUCAUUGCUUGCCUUUUGCCAUUUGUUUGAAAGCAUUCUAAGCAUUCUGUGCUUUAUAAAAGUCUUUUGGUUGUUUGAUUUUCAACUCCUAAUUCUAUGUAUAUUGUACAACAUACAGUGUAAAAGUAAUAGUGUUAUAAAGUAGCUUCAUUCCAUAUUAAAACAGACAAAGUACAUAAACAUUUACUAUACAUAAAUGGAAAUUUCUGCAGUAAGGAAAUGCUUCUGGUGCCUUACAAAUAAAAUCAAUCAAAUCAA